CAGUAUUAGCAGCAAUCCAAAUCAGAGCACAAUGGCUCAAGCUCUGCUUCUACUAGCAUCGCUGCUGGUCUUCAGCAAUGUGGCUCACUGUAAUUUCUCUCCAACACUUAUCGCGGACAUGGCAAAAAUUCUGAUGGACAACUACUGCUCACCAGAAAAACUCGCCGGCAUGGAAGAGGCAAUCGACGCUGCCAGCAGUAACACGGAGAUCCUCAGCAUUUCAGAUCCUGCGUCCCUUGCCAGUGUUCUGACUGAUGGGGUCAAACAAACAAUUUUUGAUUCCAGAGUACAAGUCACAUACGAGCCAGGUUUCGUGCCUCUAAAACCCCCAGCUAUGCCUGACAUCCCACCGGAGCAGCUGGCGGAAAUGAUCAAAGCCACAGUCAAAGUCGAGGUCCUGGAUGGAAACAUUGGUUACCUGAGGAUCCAGCACAUCAUUGGAGAGGAGAUGGCUCAGAAAGUUGGACCUAUUUUGCUGGAGUACAUCUGGGAUAAAAUCCUUCCAACAUCCGCCAUGAUUCUUGACUUGCGUAGCGCAGUCACUGGUGAGCUGUCUGGAAUCCCAUACAUCGUGUCCUACUACACCGAUCCCGAGCCUCUACUCCACAUUGAUUCUGUGUACGAUCGCACCUCUGAUGUCACCAUAGAGCUGUGGUCCAUGCCGACCCUAUUGGGAAAGAGGUAUGGCACCUCCAAACCCUUGAUUAUUCUGACGAGCAAGAAUACUCUCGGGAUUGCAGAAGAUGUGGCAUACUGCCUUAAAAACCUUAAAAGGGCCACCGUCGUUGGGGAGAACACGGCUGGGGGAAGUAUAAAAAUCAACAAAAUCAAGGUGGGUGACACUGACUUCUAUGUGACGGUGCCGGUUGCUAAGUCUAUAAACCCCAUCACUGGAAAGAGCUGGGAGGUCAACGGAGUGGCACCAGAUGUUGAAGUUGCUGCAGAAGAUGCCCUUGACGCUGCCAUUGCAAUCAUUAAACUCCGUGCUGAAAUCCCAGAGUUGCUCCAGACUGCAGCCACACUGGUCGCAGACAACUACGCGUUUCCGAGCAUCGGGGAUGAUGUUGCUGAGAAGCUGGGAGCUGUCGCGGCUGGCGGGGAAUACCAUCUGAUCUCCACAAAGAAAGAACUGGAAGCAAAGCUCUCGGCUGACCUCCUAAAACUGUCAGGAGACAAGUGUCUGAAGGCCACCAGCAACAUCCCCGCACUUCCUCCGAAGAAUCUCACACCUGAGAUGUUCGUUGAGCUCAUCAAAGUUUCUUUCCACACUGAUGUAUUGGAAAACAAUGUUGGCUACCUUCGCUUUGACAUGUUUGGAGAUUUUGAACAUGUUGCUAAGAUCAUUGCGGAGCAUGUCUGGAAUAAAGUGGUGGACACUGAUGCGCUGAUCAUCGAUUUGAGGAACAAUGUUGGUGGGUCCACCUCCUCCAUUGCUGGCUUUUGCUCAUACUUCUUUGAAGAUGACAAGCAGAUUGCGCUAGACCACGUGUACGACAGACCCUCCAACACCACAAGAGAUCUUCUGACCCUCACAGAACUUACAGGCAGGAGAUACGGCAGUAAAAAGAGUGUGAUAGUCGUCACUAGCGGUGCGACCGCUGGAGCCGCUGAGGAGUUUGUUUUCAUCAUGAAGAGGCUGGGACGUGCAAUGAUUAUCGGUGAGACAACCCACGGAGGCUGUCACCCCCCAGAGACCUUCAGUGUUGGCGAAAGCGACAUCUUUCUGUCUAUUCCAAUCAGCCAUUCAGACACUGCUCAGGGCCCUUCCUGGGAGGGUGCUGGCAUCGCCCCUCAUAUUCCCGUACCCGCUGAUGCUGCCCUCGACACGGCAAAGGGCAUCCUCAAUAAGCAUUUUUCUGGCCAAAAAUAAGUCAUUCUUCUGGGCCUGGUAUGGAAGCCAAAUGAUACUGCAAAUUAGUUAUUUGGAAGGAUGCCAUGUUUUGAAGACGCUGUCAUAAUCUGUGUAGAAAGUCCCUUUUUCUAUUCCUUUGCUUUUUUCUGUAUUAUUUCUAACCCAAAGCGUGCAUUCUCUACAGCACACUUAGUAGAGGAGAAUGCAAUAAAUGUUCUCAAAGUGAUAUUCAGACUAGGCCUGUUCUUGAACAUAUGUGUUGGGUUCUUUGUGCAGAUUAAUAUUCGUUUAUGCUUGUGUCGUAUUAACAAACUCAUAAAACUUGUCUUGUUCCAAAAGCAACUUGAAUCUUUUUCAGUAUAACCCAGGUGGAAAAGUGUUAUAUUUGGAGUUAUA